AUGGCGAGUGCUAAAACCGAACGUCGAAUUCUUGUGUUGGGCUCUGCUGAUAGUGGUCGAACAACAUUAAUUAAAACAAUAUGUGGUGAAAAUAUUCAAUACGAAACUAUGCCUGGAAUGGAAUAUGAGCAAAUAAAAUGCCUGGAUAAACAUUUAACGUUUAUUGAAACACCAGAAUUUAAAAGAAAUAAAAAAAGUUGGGAUGAAAUACAGGAAUUUAUUCGAAAUGAUCUACUUCCAAUUCAUGCUAUUUGGCUUGUGUUACAUUAUCAAUAUGAUAUUGAUGACAAUGCACUAAAGACGUUAACAAUGUUACCAUAUUUACCUUCAUUUAUCAUUUUAAAUCACGCAGAUUUUUUACAAACUUCUUUUUAUUGUCGACAAGAACUUGAAAAAGAUAUCAAGCAUUUUGAUGAUGCAAAUCAAAAAAAUCCUCCUGCUUAUUUGCAAAGUUCUCCGAUAUUAAUGGCCCAACGAGAACGUUUAAUUAAAUGGAAAGCGAACAAUAAAGAUGCAGUUAAUUUACAGCGUAUUUUUUUAACGUCUUUACGUAAUCAAGAAGAAACUGAUCGUCCAAUUGGUGUCAGAACAGUAAUUGAAGAAACUAUUAGCAUAAUUGAUGUAUUUCAACAAAAACAAGUUCUUCUAGUUAUUUUGAAAACAAAAAUAAUUGGUCAUGAAACACCUAGUAAUCCAUGGAACAGAUUUCAAAAAAAACAUGCCGAAAAAGGUUGUUUAGAAGAAGACAUAACUGCACAGUAUUAUCAUAUAUGUCUUGGUGAAAACGACUUCUCGAUUGACGAUACCAUUAUCGAUGUGAUCAGAAGAACAGGUAGGGACACAGUUUUUAAAAUAAAAAUAUUGCAAAGAGAUGCCUUUCAUUGUACUCGUUUUGCUUUAGAAUCACUAACAGUUGCAGUUCCAUUGGUAGAAGCUGCUUCAAUACUGCCUCAUGAUGAUCUAUAUCAAAAAUUAUCAUCGUAUCGUGAUGUUGACAAACUAACGCAAUUAGGUCUUGUUGCCGAACACUUUUUGCAGUGGUUAGAUAUGGGAUACAAUGAUGCUGGUUCAUUAUUUGCUUUAAUUCCGGCUUAUUUUAAAUAUCAAAUUGACACUUGUCCUAAUUACCAUGAAGCUACUUUUGAAUUACAAUUAGCAAAAUUAGGUUUGACUUCGGAUUGUGUUAAGUUUAUUGUUCAACAAACUACAAAAUAUGAAAAUGAUGAUAAACAAGAUGCCAUUUAUUAUGCUCUUCAAUAUUAUCUACAUCAAUUUUUUGUUAUAUUUGAAAUAACACUUGAUCCACCAAUAACAUCCACACCACUAAACCAACUUAAACCAUUAGAUAUCCAAGUAUCAAAAGAUCUUUUUCCUGGAAAAUUUCAAACAAUUAGAAUUACCAAUUUUCGUACAAAUGAUAUAAAUAUAAGCCUAGAAAGAACUGGGAUUAUACAACAGAAAGGUAGUGAGAAAAUCUUAUUUCAUGCAACUCAAGCACAACAGGCAGUUAAUAUUCUUCAUUUUGGUCUCGAUGCUAUGGGUGCGCGGUCCAAUUUAGAUUUUGGACCAGGCUUUUAUCUUAACAUAUACUUUAAAGAUGCUAGUGAUUUUUGUCAACGUCAUAUUGCACCUUAUGCUGAUCAUCAAGCAGCAAUACUUAUUUUCCAAGUGCCAGCUCAAGUUUAUAAUACAUGGAAUAUUUAUGAAGUUGAUUAUACAACAUUGGAACAAAAUUUAGAUAAUUUAACUAGAUGGCAACAUUUUGUUAGAGAUUGUCGCAGGGGACAAAUAAAUAAUCGUGCACGCCAUGAAUAUGACGGAUUCUCAGGCCCACAAUGCGCUAAUCCUAGUAAAAUCGUGUCGGAACUUCUACGAAUUCGUUACACAAAUGAAACAAAACCAAGAGUGGCUUGGCAAAUCAGUUUACAUUCAUCCAACACACAAGCCAGAAUAAUGGAUUAUUUAACAAGUGUAGUAACAUUUACAGACAUUUAA